AUGAGCUCUCCUCGGGAAUGGGGUGCAGACCUGGCCCGUUUCUACACUGUCACCGAGCCCCAGCGACACCCGAGGGGCUACACGGUGUAUAAGGUCACCGCUCGGGUUGUUUCACGAAGAAAUCCAGAGGAUGUCCAGGAGAUAAUCGUAUGGAAGAGAUACAGUGACUUUAAGAAGCUACACAAAGAACUCUGGCAAAUUCACAAAAACUUAUUCCGACAUUCAGAAUUAUUUCCUCCAUUUGCUAAAGGAAUAGUAUUUGGACGAUUUGAUGACACUGUUAUUGAAGAGAGAAGACAGUGUGCUGAAGAUCUGCUACAAUUCUCUGCAAACAUUCCUGCUCUUUAUAAUAGUAAACAGCUGGAAGAUUUUUUUAAGGGUGGAAUAGUUAAUGAUGGUUCAGAAUUGAUUGGCCCUGCUGAAGCUUAUUCAGAUUCUCUCCUUGAUAGUUUUGCUACAGGUAGUACAGAAGGCAUCUCCAGUGACAGUGAUCUGGUAUCUCUUACUGUUGAUGUGGAUUCUCUUGCUGAGUUAGAUGAUGGAAUGGCUUCCAAUCAAAAUUCUCCCACUAGAACUUUUGGUCUCAAUCUUUCUUCGGAUACUUCAGCACUAGGGGCUGUUGCUUCUGACAGUGAACAGAACAAAACGGAAGAAGAACGGGAAAGCCGUAGCCUCUUUCCUGGGAGUUUAAAACACAAACUUGGCAAGAGAGAUUAUUUGGAGAAAGCAGGAGAAUUAAUUAAGCUGGCUUUGAAAAAGGAAGAAGAAGAAAACUAUGAAGCUGCUUCUGAUUUAUAUAAGAAAGGAGUUGAUUUACUACUAGAAGGUGUUCAAGGCGAAUCAAGUCCUACCCGCCGCGAGGCUGUGAAGAGAAGAACAGCGGAAUAUCUUAUGCGAGCAGAAAGCAUCUCAAGGCUUCAUGGAAAAUCUCAACUUGAUGAUAUAUCACAGCCUCCAGGAUCACUAAGUUCAAGGCCCCCUUGGAACCUAAGGAGCCCUGCCGAGGAACUGAAGGCCUUCCGAGUCCUUGGGGUGAUUGACAAGGUUUUACUUGUAAUGGACACAAGAACGGAACAGACAUUUAUCUUAAAAGGUCUAAGGAAAAGCAGUGAAUACAGCAGGAACAGAAAGACCAUCAUCCCCCGCUGUGUGCCCAACAUGGUGUGUCUGCACAAGUACAUCAUCUCUGAGGAGUCGGUAUUUCUUGUGUUACAGCAUGCGGAAGGUGGUAAACUCUGGUCAUACAUCAGUAAGUUUCUAAACAGGAGUCCUGAAGAAAGUUUUGACAUCCAAGGAGGGAAGAAGGCUCCACUUACUAAAGUUCACCUGCAGAAGCCAACUUCCAGUCCUCAGGACAGCAGUAGUUUCGAAUCCAGAGGAAGUGAUGGUGGGAGCUUGCUUCAGGUUCUGCCUCUGAAGACUAGUCUUACUCCAAGCUCUCAAGAUGAUAGCAACCAGGAGGACGAUGGGCAGGAUAGCUCUCCAAAAUGGCCAGACUCUGGUUCAAGUUCAGAAGAAGAAUGCACUACUAGCUAUUUAACAUUAUGCAAUGAAUAUGGGCAAGAAAAGAUUGAACCAGGAUCUUUAAGUGAGGAGUCCUUUAUGAAGCUUGAAGAUGCCAAAGCUGUCCAAGUCUUCCCAGCUCCCCUUGGUGCUGAUGCUGACAGCCCCAGCACCCAGCCAAAGUUCUUCCCUGAAGAUGAUAACCUAGAAACAGUGAGUUCUCUCAAAGCGUCAGAUUCCCUCAGUAGAUCUAAAAACAGCCCCAUGGAAUUCUUUAGGAUAGACAGUAAAGAUAGCACUAGUGAACUCUUGGGACUUGAUUUUGGAGAAAAAAUGUAUAAUCUAAAAUCAGAACCUUUGAAACCAUUCUUCACUCUUCCAGAUGGAGACAGCACUUCCAAGAGCCUUAAUACUGGUGAGAGCAAGGUGGACUUCAAAGCUCAGGACACUAUCAGCCGAGGCUCAAAUGACUCAGUGCCAGUUAUUUCUUUUAAAGAUGCUGCUUUUGAUGAUGUCAUUGGUACUGAUGAGGGAAGGCCUGAUCUUCUUGUCAAUCUUCCUGGUGAAUUGGAGCCAGCAAAAGAAGCUACAGCCAUGGGACCUACUAAGUUUACACAAGCUAUUAUAGGCAUCUUAGAAAGUAAGCUAUUGGAAGCCCCCGACGUUUUAUGCCUCGGGCUGAGUACUGAACAAUGCCAAUCCCGUGAAGAAAGUGGCCCAGAGGAUGUGCGGGAUCCCCACGUGCCCAAAUCCGAUAGAGUACCAGAGAGACUCUAUGCAACACAGGAGGAACUUGGGAUGUUAUUUAUAGCAGCUGUUGAUCAUGGUUGUUCAGGAGACGUGCCUUUGUUACCCAGCUCUGGCCCUAAGUUUCAAGGACUUGGAGUGAUUGGGUCAGCUCUAACUGCAAACAACACAGAAGAAAGGAAGCACAUGUCUGUCCCACUCUCAGGUGCUCAUAAAUACACUACAAACACAGACACUUUAAAAACAGAAGAAGUAUUGCUGUUUACGGAUCAAGCGGAUGAUUUAACUAAAGAAGAUCCAACUUCUUUAUUCCAGAGAGACCCUGAGACCAAAGGAGAGAGUGGGUUAGCACUAGAAGAAGACAAGGAAAUACAUCAGAUCUUUGAGGACCUUGAUAAAAAAUUGGCACUAAGCUCCAGGUUUUACAUCCCAGAGGACUGCAUUCAAAGAUGGGCAGCUGAAAUGGUGGUAGCCCUCAAUGCUUUACAUAGAGAGGGAAUUGUGUGCCGUGAUUUGAACCCAAACAACAUCUUAUUGAAUGAUAGAGGACACAUUCAGCUAACGUAUUUUAGCAGGUGGAGUGAGGUUGAAGAUUCCUGUGACAGCGAUGCCAUAGAGAGAAUGUACUGUGCCCCAGAGGUUGGAGCAAUCACAGAGGAAACCGAAGCCUGCGAUUGGUGGAGUUUGGGUGCUGUGCUCUUUGAACUGCUCACGGGCAGGACUCUGGUUGAGUGCCAUCCAGCAGGAAUAAACACUCACACUGCUCUGAACAUGCCAGAAUAUGUCUCUGAAGAGGCUCGCUCGCUCAUUCAACAGCUGCUGCAGUUCAACCCUAUGGAGCGGCUUGGUGCUGGAGUUGCUGGUGUUGAAGACAUCAAAUCGCAUCCCUUUUUUACUCCUGUGGAUUGGGCAGAACUGAUGAGAUGA